UGGAUAUGGACCCAAGGCAUUUCUAUUGGAUAACAAAGUGUAAACGUAAUCUUACAUUCGACCGUAUUCGACCAAUGAGGAGAAACCCGGAAAAGUGUCUUUAUGUAGUUUGACAGGGGAGCCGAAAGUCUGAUUGCACUGUGUGUGCCUUUAUAUUCGACUGUUUCGGUAGCUGUGCUGCAAGUAUUAUGGAGGACCCGACUCCGAGGAAAAAGAAAAGAGAUACAGGCUUAGAGGUCGGCAAUGACAAGCCGCCCAAAACGAGUUUAAGUUCAGAAUCGUGCCUGGAUGAACCUGUCGACCUACGAAGUGUGCAGCAUGAAAUUAUCAAAUAUGGAUCCGGAUCUUUGCCAGCUAAUCACUAUGACGCAGACACUACAGAGCCUCUCAGCUGUGGACUGAAGAACUUGAAGGAGCUUCUGGAAUGGAAGCUGAGUGAGGCCAAUCCUUUUAAUGUUGCCUCCGUGCCCCGCGCCAGCAGGCAACCCUACUACGCCAGCAGCCAGCCCCGCACGCUGGUGUGCCACGACAUGAUGGGGGGCUACCUGGAUGACAGGUUCAUUCAGGGUAUGGAAGUGGAGACUCCGUACGCCUUCUACCACUGGAGCCUCAUCGACAUCUUCAACUACUUCAGCCACCAGAUGGUCACCAUACCCCCAGCCGGCUGGACCAACGUGGCCCACAAGCACGGAGUACUGUCUGUUGGGACCUUCAUCACUGAGUGGACGGAUGGUGGUCAGAUGUGUGAGAAGUUUCUGGCGGACGAGGAGUCGUACCGGGCCGUGGCUGACAAGCUAGUGCAGAUCUCACACUACUACGGCUUCGACGGCUGGCUCGUCAACAUAGAGAAUGUUCUCAGUGCCAAUGCGGUGUCGAACAUGGUUCUGUUCUUGCGCUACCUGACGGACCAGAUACACGAGCGGGUUCCUGGCAGUGUGAUCAUCUGGUACGACAGCGUUCUGCAGGACGGUACCCUCAAGUGGCAAAAUGAGCUCAACCUUUAUAACAGGGUGUUCUUUGAUGUCUGUGAUGGCUUCUUCACCAACUACAACUGGAACGAGAGCCACCUGCAGAACAUGAAGGCCCUGUCCUUCAUUCAGGAAAGGCAGGUUGAUGUCUUCGUGGGGGUUGACGUCUUUGCACGAAGCGAUGUCGUGGGGGGCAAGUUUGACACCAAUAGGUCCCUGGACCUUCUUCGUAAGCAUGGCUUUUCUGCAGCCCUCUUUGCCCCUGGAUGGGUGUACGAGUGCAACGACAAGAAAGAGUUCCGCAGCAACCAGGACAAGUUCUGGGGCUUGCUUAGGGACCACCUCCACUUCCACCGGCCCUCCUCCCUCCUCCCCUUGGUCUCCUCCUUCUGCCAGGGCUUUGGGAAUCGCUUCUAUAAGGAUGGACAGGUGGAGCUAGAGAGCAGCUGGUUCAACCUGAGUGCCCAGGAGCUUCAGCCCUUCUACUACCGAGACCCCCUGGAGGGGGAGGGCUGGCUGAAGACUCGAGGCUGCCCCGAAGGAGCCUGGAGCGGGGGCAGCGCUCUGGUCAUAGAGGGCAACCUUCCUUCUACCAUGCCGAAAAUCUGUGCAAGGAUCUUUGCUCUGCAUGUGCCGCUGGCCACCAGGACGUUUGUGUCGUUUGUCUACCAGCCCUCGGAGGGUGUCACCGUCUCCCUGGAGCUCAAGAUGGCCGACGCUGCACUCUGCUCUCACACCAACACCAAGGACAUCACAGCUAGCAGUGUGGUGCCUGCUGAUCUGCCUGAAGACCAUGAGCUGGUGAAGCAGUUUGCUAAGAGCUGUGGAGUGUGGAGACCAGACGGAUGGAUGAGAAGGUGUUUUGAGUUGGAGCUGAGCGGCUGUGCUCUGAGGGACAUCUGUGUUAACAUCAGUCGAGAUGGACCCGCACAGGAUACGCCCUUCAAAUGCAGAGUAGGAGAGAUCAUGGUGCUGGACGCAGAGUCUCUCCUAGUGCCACCCCGCUCCAUGCCCAACAUCUGCGUGUCGGACAUCGUGUGGCAGCGAGGCGUAGGUGGCGCCACCCCCAGUGGCGACGCCGCCGCUGCUGCCAACAACGGUGACGCCUCAGCACCAGCCUCAGCGCCAGCACCAGCGGACGCCAAGCUCCGUUUCAACGCCACGCUGCAGUGGAACUACCCCAGUCAGCUGGCGCGCUACUUCCGGGUGCAUUGGCGCCGGCUGCGGGGUCCGGACCCCCGGGUACCGCCCGGCUCCCUGGCCCUGCUGGGCCGCUCCUACUGCAGCCUGUUCCGGGUGGUGGACCUGGUGGUGCCGGAGCCCCCCGCCCUCCUGGAGCUGGUGGUGGAGCCCGUGACCAGGGAGGGGUUCAGUGUCCCCGAGGCGCAGUGGGGACGACGCCUGCUGAGCUACAGCGAGGCGGACGGUACAGCGGGGGAGAAGUGAUGGGCUGUGUGAGGAUGAAUACAGUACAAAUGUACCUACACAGACAAACAUACUGUACACACAGCCAAACGUGUAUACACAUGCAAACACACACAGACAAACAUGUAUACACAUGCAACACAGACACAUACAAACAUGCAUUUACACCAAAACAUUCAUUCAAACAUACACAUGCAAACAUACACACAGACAAACAGGUAUAUACAUACAAACAGAAACAUUAUCACAUUGCCUUACACAUACAGACAAGCAUGAUUAUAUUUAUGCCAGCACUUUCUGCCUGACAUUAUUUAAACACGCACACAGCUUUCAUUUCCAUUCUUAAAUUCCUUUCUUGCUUGCAUGUUCUUAAAAUCGCCUUUUGUAUAACUCCUAUAUAUCUCAAUGAUUAUUGCACAAGUCUUACACUAAUUGGUAAUGUAAAAUAUGGUAACCAAGUGACAAACCGUAAUAAAUUUUCAAUAAAUCAGUUAGAACAAAAUAAUCAUAACAUUUUAUAAUGAAAAAUGUAAAAUCAAUGAAUUUACUUCGAAUUGACUUUAAUCUGACUUUGAACCAAUUAACUCCUCUCUUGUCUCGGUCCCUCUGUGGAGAAAACUAAACUUUCCCCGUCGUCAGCCUAUGUAGAGCACCUUUUGAGACACUUUUCCCCUUUCAACAUCACCAUUGCAAAUGAGAAAAUGAUCUUUGAAUUCUGCUUUCUUUUUUUAAUUGCACAAGAUAUUUAGUAAUGACAUCUUGACUCGCAUCACAAGGUCACAAGCAACAGAAAAGGGCGCGAGGUACUUGUUUGACCUGUACCCUCUGUAUAGCCAUGCUAUUUGUUUCAAGACCUUGCACAUUAAGCUCUUGACACAUCCUAUUUGAAUUUAUUUUCAAUUCUAAACACUUAACUUUCUGUCAUUACACAUGCACACGCACGCACACGCAUAGUCUGGAAGAGGUUGAUACUUGAGUUGAGACUUGACUUGAGUCUUGGUUUAAUUCACAGCCUGGAUGACAUUGGUCAUUCUCUAAUGUUGAACUCACACACAUUGUAAAAUUCUACAUUGUAAUAUUUCAACCCAUUUCAAUUUGGUGUGAUUGUGUGUUUUGAGUGACUGCUAAAUAGUCUGGGUGGGAUGUUUAUUUGCAUUGAGUGACUGUACCACUGAGAAAUGCAAUGCAACACAUUGUUUUUUUGUUCUUUGUAUGACAAUGCUUGCACACAUGCACUCUUGUAUGUUAAUGUGUGAUAUUUUCUCAGUCAUGAAGUCUUUCCAUAUGAAAUAACAAUGUAUACUGAAACUAUGGGAUACAUUUCUAUGAAGGUCUUCGUCAUUGGCCUUUAGUGUCGGUUUUGAAGUGUCUGUUUAAAGUUCACAUUUUACAGGUCCUGACAGUAGCUUUCAUUACGGAGUGCUCUGGAAAACAAUUGAAAAUCCAACAGUGGCUUUUUAUAUUACGCUUUGAAAUGCAUUUGCUCUUUUACAAUAAAUAAUGCAA